AUGUCAUUUUCAAAAAGCGAUAAUCUCAGUUGCUCAUUUUCUAUGCUGCCAUUAGCAAAUCCACUAUUAAAGCACAAAGUUUAUCAAAAUAUCUACAACGAAAAAGCAAAUUUGUCGACACAAGCAAGCCAGCAAACUAUUUCAAGCAAGCUAAAAAAAAGGAAGCUAAAGCCCAUAAUGGAAAUUCAACCAGAAAUCGCCGCAAAAGUAGUAAAAUCAUAUUUGCUGCCUAUGUUUGAAUGUAAAACAAGGGGGUUGUCAAAAAGGCAUUCUCACGGAAAAUCACUUGAUAUUUCAAAAUCGCGUGCUGACAUUUUGGAGAGUCGAGAAACAACUGCAGAGACAAGUGUAUAUGGUGAAUUAAAACUCAGCGAAAAACUUAUGAGCGAAAUCGAAAAAGUAAAAACCGAGCUUGAUGACUGCACUAGGAAAAUGAGAGAUUCAGAACAAGCUAAAAUUAUUUCAGAAUCUGAGCUGUCCAUUUUAAAAUCUAAAUACGAAGAUUUGGAAAUAAAUUUCGAACUGCUAAAAUUUCAACUUAACCAAAACUUGAAAAUGUAUCAAAAAUUAGAAUUGAAAAUUGUUUUCCUGAACGAGCAGGCCGACCAGUAUAAAAAUUUGUUAGCCAUAUGUGAAUCGAAGCUAGAAGAAUACUCAGCAGAAUGCCUGAAUGAAAAAAUGGUAAAUGAUCGGCUUUCUUCUGAGCUGCAAAAAAUUGCUCGGUUUAAUGAUUUAGUAGAAAUGCAAAAUCAAAUAAUGGGUGAUCGUCUAAUAGGUUUACAAACCUGUAUCGAAGAUCUUCUAAAAGUAAGACGAACUGAAGAAAUUACAACAAAAGAUUUUGCUACCUUUGUUGAAAGCUCCAAAAAGUUAGCUUUAUAUGAAACUGAAUUAAUAAACUCACUAAAAACCCUAACUGAGCAAAAUCAAAUCCUAUCUAAAGAUAUGAUAGAAAUUGCUGAAAUGAAAGACUAUAUGAAAAAUGAUAGAGAUAAAUUUAUAUGUCGAUUUAAAGAGAAAGUACAGCAAAUAAAAGACGAGAUGGCAAAAGAAAGAGAAGAAAAAGAAAAGCUUCAGAUAAAAUAUGAAGACAUUAAAAAUAAUUAUGAUGCUUUAUCUGAUCAAUUUGAUAGAAUGAGAGACAAAAUCACAAAUUUCAAAGUUAAUCGAAAUGGAGAAAUAGAAGAAAAGGUGUGCAAAAAUUGCAAAAAAUUCUUUUUUGAAAAUGAAAACUUCAAUUGGUCUUGCCAAAUUCACACAAGCCAGUAUUCAGGUGCGAUGUGAUGGUGCUGUGGAAGGAAAGGAGAAAAUGCUAAAGGUUGUAGAACUUCUCAGCAUAUUGCUAAAGAUGAAGAAGAGGAAUUAAUGCAAGAAGAGAUGCGACUACGAAAGCAGCAAUUUUGUACAGUAAUAGUUAUUUAGAGUUGCACAGAAACUGGACAUGAUGAGAAAAAUUGUCCUUAUGAUCCCAAUGCUAAAAGUAAUUUUGAUGCGGACGAGGAAUAUGAAAGACUUGAAAAUCUCAAACUUAAAAAAAGCAAAAUAAAAACCUGGACACUGAUAUAA